CAAUCAAGAUUUCUCACAGGAGGAGGACCACAAAAAAUAUUGCUGAAGUUGAUCCAAAUGUUUUAGACAUUGUCCCUGAUUUGAUGACAACAGCACCAACCAUUUCUUCAAGUAACUUUUCUAAGGCGGAAUAUGAAGAUCGACAAAUAAAGGUUUUAAAAGCAAUUCAGCAGAAUGCUUCGACCAAAAUUGAUUACAUUGCUAGUGGAGAGUGUUUGAAGACACAAAAAUUACUAACAUCUAAUGAACCAGCAUUUAACAUUGACGACAUGGAAUUUGAAAUGGAUGAUACAAUAUAUGAUACAAUAGAUAAAGAGUCUAAUAAUGAAUCUGAAAAAGAAAAUUCAAUUUUAUCAGAUAGAGAACUUAAGAGAAACAAAAAUAGAAAUGCUACAUCACGGUCCAAUUCAAAGAAACAGAAAACUGAAAGAAGACUAUAA